UUUCAGAACCCAACCACAACUUGAUCUAGCUGUACACACGAAACGGAACCACCAAUGUGGUCUGUCACGACCGAAACGGUGCGGUGUUGCAACCCGUUUCCGUGGACUAUAUGAAGCCUUGGAUUUUAUGCGAUUAGAAGCCUGCAUGAGCGAUGGUUAG